ACUUUUAAGAAAAAGUAGCAAAUAGACAAGAAAAAAAAGUUUUUCUGGGUUUAGAAAAGGGAGAUUUCUAUGAAAACGGUUUUGGUUUCUCACUAACCUACGGCAUAUCCAUCCUUUGUUCUGCAAUCUGCGUUACGGGUGCAGUUGGGUAAGCUGAGCGAAAACGUGGCUGAAUGCCUCUCUCAGUCCCACCCAAAGCCCUCAAUUCCCCAAUCCAUCAUCCCCAUGGACCCUCCUUCUCUUCCAUUUCCAAACCAAAGCCAAAACCCAAUGGGUUAACCCUUUUGCCUCUGAAUCGCGCAUUCAGAGGCCUCGAAAUCUCCGUCCCCAGCCCCUCCUCGCUCCAUUCAAACGUUGCCAAACACGUCGACGUUGCCACUCUGAGCAACCUCUGCGUCGACAUCGUUCUCAAUGUCCCCCAGUUGCCCCCUCCUUCCCCUCUUCAACGCAAGGCCUUCAUGGACCGCUUGGCCCAAUCUCCUCCUGACAAGAAAUAUUGGGAAGCAGGUGGAAACUGCAAUAUGGCUAUAGCAGCUGCAAGGUUAGGACUCAACUGCAUAUCAAUUGGUCAUGUGGGUAAUGAAAUCUAUGGGAAAUUUCUGUCAGAUGUGCUUCAUGAUGAGGGCAUUGGUUUGGUUGGGAUGAUUACUAAUGACGAUAUCGUCAACAGUUCUGGUAGUAGUGCCUCUUGUGAAACUCUUUUAUGUUGGGUUCUUGUUGAUCCUUUACAAAGACAUGGUUUUUGCAGUCGGGCUGAUUUUUGUGAGGAGCCUAUAUUGCAUUGGAUGAGUAAAUUGUCCAGCGAAGUUAAAAUGGCUAUUAAAAACUCAAAGGUCUUGUUCUGUAAUGGAUAUGGAUUUGAUGAGCUCUCUCCUGGUGCAAUACUCUCAGCCAUGGAAUAUGCUGUUGAAGUUGGCACCUCAAUCUUCUUUGAUCCUGGACCACGUGGAAAGAGUCUCUCCACUGGGACCCCAGAUGAACAAAGAGCUCUUAAUCAGUUACUGAGAAUGAGUGAUGUUCUUCUUCUAACUUCUGACGAGGCUGAGGAAUUAACUGGCAUAGAAGAUCCAAUAUUGGCAGGGCAGGAGUUUCUCAAAAGAGGGAUCCGCACAAAAUGGGUGAUUGUAAAAAUGGGUUCUAAGGGUUCGAUUCUUAUAACAGCAUCGAGUGUAGCUUGUGCACCUGCAUUCAAGGUGAAUGUUAUUGACUCUGUCGGAUGUGGAGACAGUUUUGUAGCUGCUAUUGUCUAUGGUUUUAUACAUAAUAUGCCACUGGUUAAUACAUUGGCAAUUGCAAAUGCAGUGGGUGCUGCAACAGCCAUGGGCUGUGGUGCUGGUAGGAAUGUAGCAACACUGGAGAAUGUAGUAAAUAUAUUAAGAUCAUCAAACCUCAACGAAGAUGAUGAAUUUUGGAUUGAAAUAUUUGAAAAGAAUGUGGUUGCUCAGGAAAUAACAUAUCUGUCAAAUGUUAUGAAUGGAAACAAAAAUCGUCUCAACCUUGUCUCAUUUGACAAGGUUGCCUCUGAGCUCUUGCCCAAGCUUGAACUUCCACAAACAGUGGGGAAUGUGCCUACUUGAUAGAUUGUGGAAAAAUAGAUUGAAGUGCAUUCAUGCGAAAGAACUCUUCUGAUUCCUGGUUUCUUCGCUUCUUCAUCCUGUAAAAGUAAAAAUUUAAGCAUUAAGACUGCAGAGUUUUAUCUCUCUCGGGUUACAUAAAUUGCCGUAGCUAAAUUGCUUUGAGCAAGUACAUGAAAGGUAGAUAGCUUCUCAUCAAGCUCUUUAACUGAUUUUUGGCAUUUCAGUUUCAACAGUAUUCCUUUGAUUUUGAUGGCAAAGGUAUCUUUACUCCCUGAACCAGUGGAGCAGAGCUGUUAACCUCUGAGAUCCCAAUAUUUUUGCAUCAUUUUUUGCAUGAUUGCUUCUCAAACAGUGAAUAGUCUCCAUAUUUUUAUAGUUGAUUGUUGACGCAGACAGGGAAAGAUUGUUUGUAUGACUUAAAAUAUUUGAUUAGGGAUUACUCUACAAUAGUUUUGUCUAUGUUUCUCCCCUUUUUCUAGAAUGUUUUCCCCCCAAAUUUAGAUUCAAUGAUGUUACAAAUGUUCUACGUUUA